AUGCACCCGAGCCCAACGGCGAUCGGGCCCUCGGGGCCGCGCCGCCCUGCGGGUGAGACGGCCGCCGACCACCUCAGCGCCCUCCCGGACGACCUCCUGCGCCGCAUCAUGUCGUCCCUGAGGGCGUGGGAGGUGGUGCGCACAUGCGUGCUCGCGCGGCGCUGGCGCCACCUCUGGGCAUCCGCGCCCUGCCUCGACUUCCGCCUGCGUCGCUCCACCCGCGACCGCGAGCCGCUCCGCCCCUGCGACUUCUUCUACAGGCUCUUCCUCUUCCGCAACGCGUUGGCACCCGUGGACACGCUCCGCCUGUGGUCCAGCGAUGCGCUGGGGGACUUCGCCGACGACGCCGGCACCUGGAUCAGGGCCGCUAUCAGGCGCGGCGCGCGGGUCAUCCAUGUCGUUGGGCGUCGCGGGUCUCCUGCGCAGUUCGCGGGCGUCCCCUUCAUCUCCUGCCACCUUAGGGUCUUGAAGCUGUCGUAUGCCAGGCUCGACCGCAAGAUCCUCGAGGAGCUCUCUUCUCGCUGCACGUCUUUGGAGGAACUUGACCUCAAGGAUUGCUUGGUGGCAGCGGAUGAGAUCGCCUCUGCCUCUCUCAAGGCUUUGAUCAUGCUCAAAUGCAAGAUCGAGUGUGACUUCUCGAUUGCUGCUCCCAACCUCGUGCUUCUGCGCCUCGUCACACCUUAUCUGCGAGUUCCAUCAUUCAAGAACCUGGGUUCACUGGUCACUGGAACUAUCAUGAUAGAUGACUAUUUCUUGAGUGAUGACUUCAGUGAGGAUGACGAGUAUGAUGAAACCAAUGAUGAUGAUGAUGACGAUGAUGAUGAUGUCAAUUAUGUUUCUGAACACACCAUUGAUCAAGAGGAUUCUGAUGAAACUACUACUACUGAUGAUGAUGAUGAUGAUGCGGCUGAUGAUAAUAGAAAUUAUGGUUCUGAACACAUCAUUGAGCUAGAGCAUUGUGAUGAAACUACUUCUGAUGAUGGCACCAAUGAGGAUGACGAAUAUGAUGAUAGCAGUUAUAACAACAAUUAUGAUCAUGAUAAUGAUAUCGAUAGCGAUGACACCUAUCAAUACAGUGAGAUUGCACAAGAAAGAAAGUACGGUUACCAUGCUGACAGUCAGAAUUCUAGUGAAGAUGAUUACUAUCAUUGCUAUGAAAACAGUGAAAUCAUUGAUGGUGAAUAUGUUGGUGGCCGAAACAUCCUUUGGAGUAUUUCAAAUGUUACAAGUUUGGGGUUGUUAACUGAUGCUGGAGAGGUGGUUCUGAGUAGGGAAUUGAAAAGAUGUCCAUCCUUUAGUAACCUGAAGACCUUGUCCCUUGGUGAAUGGUGUAUGGCUGCUGGUUUCAUUGCACUAAUUUUCCUGCUGCAACAUUCACCUAUUAUACAGAGGCUUUUUCUCCAACUUAAAUUGAACUUUGAUAUCAGAAGCAAAAUGGCCUUGGAAACAAGUAUCAAACUACAGAGAAGAUCAUUUAACUGCAAAGACCUUCAAAUGGUGAAAAUCAAAUGGUCAAAGGAUGAUAUGAGAGUCCAUAAGUUGGCAAACCAGUUCAUUGCUAAUGGUGUACCCCUUGACAAGAUUUUAGUCCAUCGGAGUGGAAGUGCUUCUUUUAAUUUUAUCUAA